AUGCUGAUCAAAUCUUCAGCUCUCCUAGGCUUUUUGUGCUUUCUCCUCUUGCUUAGUUUCUCCUGUUCCUGCCCCAGUCGCUGCCUGUGCUUCAGGACUACGGUGAGAUGCAUGCAUCUGAUGUUGGAAACCAUCCCCGACAUCCCUCCCCAGACAAACAUACUAGAUUUACGUUUCAACCACAUCAAGGAGAUACAACCCGGAGCCUUCAGGAGACUGAAGAACCUCAAUACUCUGCUGCUGAACAAUAACCUGAUAAAACACAUUGUGAGAAGAUCCUUUGAAGAUCUGGAGAACCUGAAAUACCUCUACCUUUAUAAAAACGAAAUUCAGAGUAUCCAGCAGCAUGCCUUCGAUGGACUCCGCUCUCUGGAGCAGCUCUACCUGCACUUCAACAACCUGGAAACCCUGGAGCCAGAGACUUUUAGUGACCUGCCUAAACUUGAAAGGCUAUUCUUGCACAACAACAAAAUUUCCAGGAUUCAUCCAGGGACAUUCUCUCAACUGGAAUCCCUCAAACGACUGCGGCUGGAUUCCAACUCCUUGCUCUGUGACUGCGACUUGCUGUGGCUGGCCGAGCUGCUGAAGAAAUACGCCGAGCAGGGCAGCAUUCAGACAGCUGCCACCUGCGAGGCUCCUCGGGAGCUGCACGGCCGCUCCAUCGUCACCUUGACAGCUCAGGAGUUCAACUGUGAGAGCCCUCGCAUAACCUCAGAGCCCCACGAUGUCGACGUCCUCCUGGGAAACACGGUUUAUUUCACAUGCAGGGCAGAAGGCAACCCAAAGCCUGCGAUCAUUUGGCUCCACAACAAUAACGAGAUCGACAUGAAAGAUGACAACCGCCUGAACCUGCUGCAGGACGGUACCUUGAUGAUCCAGAACACCAAGGAGUCGGACAAAGGCGUCUACCAGUGCAUGGCCAAGAACAUCGCCGGAGAGGUCAAGACACAAGAAGUUGUUCUGCGCUAUUUUGGCACCCCGUCCAAGCCCACUUUUGUGAUCCAGCCGCAGAACACUGAAGUGCUGGUUGGGGAAAGCGUCACCUUGGAGUGCGGGGUCUCUGGGCACCCCCACCCUCGCGUCAGCUGGACACUUGGCACAGGCUCUCCUUUACCGCAGGAUCCCCGUUUCGCCAUCACCAGCUCUGGAGGACUCUUCAUUCAGAACGUCACCUUCUCCGACCAGGGGCAGUACAAUUGCAACGCCAGCAACACCGAGGGGUCCAUCCAGGCGACAGCAAGAAUCAUAGUGCAAGAUUCUCCCAGGUUUCUCCUCGUCCCCACCGAUCAGACGGUAACCGAGGGACAAAGCGUGGAUUUCCUCUGCUCAGCUGAGGGUCACCCUCCACCCGUGAUUGCCUGGACAAGGGCAGGUGGGCCGUUGCCAAAUGACCGGAGGCACAGCAUCCUCUCCACGGGAACCCUGCGGGUGAUGAGGGUCGCGCUGCACGACGAAGGCCAGUACGAGUGCCAUGCCAUCAGUGCCAUCGGGGUGAGGACCCUCCCCGUGCAGCUCUCCGUGACCCCCAGAGUGAUCCCCGUGUUCCUUCAUCCCCCCCAAGACGUGGUGGCAGAGACCGGCCAGGACGUCGCGAUCACCUGCGCUGCCCAAGGGGACCCGCGGCCCACCAUAACCUGGGUCAAAGAAGGGAUUCAGAUCACCGAGAGCGGCAAGUUCCACAUCAGCCACGACGGGACCCUUUCCAUUCAAGACCUCGGUGUGGCUGACCAGGGCAGAUACGAGUGCAUAGCGAGAAACCCCUUCGGCUUCACCUCCAGCGCCAUGCAGCUCACCAUCACCGCCACAGAUGUCGGUCGCAGCGGUGACACGUUUGUAGCCACCUCCAUACGGGAAGCUAUCAGCAGCGUGGACUAUGCCAUCAAUUCAACACGUACUGAGCUGUUCAGCAAACGCCCCAAGACACCCAAUGACUUGCUGGCUCUCUUCCGUUACCCCCGGGACCCCUACACCAUUGAAACAGCCAGGGCAGGUGAGAUCUUUGAAAGGACCUUGCAGCUGAUUCAGGAACACGUGCAACAAGGCUUAAUUGUGGACGUGAAUGUCACAGGUUAUCGUUACAAUGACUUGGUGUCUCCUCACUACCUGAACAUGAUCGCAAACCUGUCGGGCUGCUCUGCUCACCGCCGUACCCCAAACUGCUCGGAUAUCUGCUUCCACAAGAAGUACCGGACCCACGACGGCUCUUGCAACAACCUCCAGCACCCGAUGUGGGGUGCGUCCCUCACGGCCUUCCAGCGGCUCCUCAAACCUGCCUACCAGAAUGGAUUUAACCUCCCCCGGGGGUUUUCCUUAUCAGAAGACGCCAGGGACCUGCCCCUUCCUUUACCCCGCCUCGUCUCCACCGCCAUGGUCGGGACCGAGACCGUCACCCCUGACGAGCAGUUCACGCACAUGCUGAUGCAGUGGGGCCAGUUCCUGGACCACGACAUGGACCAGACGGUGGCAGCCAUCAGCAUGUCCCGCUUCUCGGACGGGGCGCCCUGCAGCCAGGUGUGCAGCAACGACCCGCCGUGCUUCUCCGUCCUCAUCCCCGCCAACGAUCCCCGCGUGAGGAACGGGCGCUGCAUGUUCUUCGUCCGCUCCAGCCCCGUGUGCGGCAGCGGGAUGACCUCGUUGCUGAUGAACUCCGUCUACGCCAGGGAGCAGAUCAACCACUUGACCUCCUACAUCGAUGCCUCCAACGUGUACGGCAGCACAGAGCAGGAAUCGAGGGAACUGCGGGAUCUCAGCAGCCAGAAAGGGUUGCUGAAGCAAGGGCAGGUCGUGCCCGGCUCGGGGAAGCCUCUCCUUCCCUUUGCCGUGGGGCCACCCACCGAGUGCAUGCGGGAUGAGAACGAGAGCCCCGUGCCGUGCUUCCUGGCGGGAGACCACCGUGCCAACGAGCAGCUGGGCCUCACGGCCAUGCACACCCUGUGGUUCAGGGAGCACAACCGCAUCGCCAUGGAGCUCUCGACCCUCAAUCCCCACUGGGACGGAGACCUCCUGUAUCACGAGGCGCGGAAGAUUGUGGGUGCCCAGAUGCAGCAUAUCACCUAUGCCCACUGGCUGCCUAAGAUCCUCGGGGAAGCUGGGAUGAAGAUGCUGGGUGAGUACAAAGGCUACGACCCCAACGUCAACGCAGGGAUUCUCAACGCCUUUGCCACCGCUGCCUUCCGCUUCGGGCACACUUUGAUCAACCCCAUCCUGUACCGGCUGAAUGAAACCUUCCAGCCCAUCCGCCAUGGCCACGUCCCCCUGCACAAGGCCUUCUUCUCCCCUUUCAGGAUCACGCAGGAGGGUGGGAUCGACCCCCUCCUCCGCGGGCUCUUUGGGGUUCCUGGGAAGAUGCGGGUCCCCUCCGAACUCCUCAACAUGGAGCUGACAGAGAAACUCUUCUCCAUGGCACACUCCGUCUCACUGGACUUGGCCGCUAUCAACAUCCAGCGAGGACGAGACCACGGCAUCCCACCGUACAAUGACUUCAGGGUCUUCUGCAACCUCUCGUCUGCACAGGAAUUUGAGGACCUCAGAAAUGAGAUAAAGAACUUGGAGAUCAGGGAAAAGCUCAGGAGCUUAUAUGGAACUACCAAAAACAUUGACCUGUUUCCAGCACUGAUGGUGGAGGAUCUUGUCCCUGGUACCAGAGUUGGACCAACGCUGAUGUGCUUGUUAACAACACAGUUCAGCAGGCUGAGGCAUGGAGACAGGUUUUGGUAUGAGAAUCCUGGAGUCUUCACGCCGGCGCAGCUGACUCAGAUCAGGCAGGCGUCCCUCGCUCGUGUCAUCUGUGACAACAGCGACCACAUCCAGCAGCUGCAGAGAGACGUCUUCCGGGUGGCGUCGUACCCCCAGGGCAUGGUUGGCUGCGAGGAGAUUCCCGCGGUGGACCUGCGCUUCUGGCAGGACUGCUGCGAAGACUGCCAGACACGUGGGCAAUUCAGGGCGCUUUCUCAGCGCUUCCGAAGCAAGAGGUCUCCUGGAUUCAGCUACCCAGAAGAAAACCCUGCCAAGCAUAAGCCUGCCUUCCCCAGAAAUGAGGUCCCUUCUCCAAGCUCUUCUUCCAGAAAGAAUCUCGAGUCCCUUGUGGGUGAACUGGAGAAGACAGUUGCUUCCCUACGGAAACAGGUGAAUGUCCUAGAGAGCCAGCUGAGGUGGCACCACAGGAACACCAGCACGUAUGGACAGGGGAAGAAGACUGGAGACAAAUGGAGGAAAAGAUGACCGUGUUGCCUCUUUGUACAAGGUGCCCAGUGACCUGCACUCCUGCUCUCCACCAGCCAGCCCAACCCACUCCCAGAGGGCUCCGAAAGAGCAACCCACGAGCCCCCGCGAUGCUCUGCCUCCUCUCCUGUCUCCUGCACCGCCUCCGUCCCAGGACGACCGUACUUUUGCCUGCAUUGAGCCCCUGCACUUACUGCUCCGAGCCCUCCAUCUCCCAGACCUCCUCUGCUCGUCAGCCUCUGAGACGGGCUCUGGCACUUGCCCUGUGUGAUGGUGGCAGAGCAGCAGUCUGCCGAGAUGCCACCUUCUGCCACACGUCCCCAGGAAAUGGAGGAUAGCCGAGGCUGCUUCAGUGUCACUGUCGUGCCCUUCUCUUCCCACGCACCCCAUCGUCAUCCACCGCCCUCCUCUGCAAUGUCCCUGGGCACCCGAUUGAGGUUCACGAUGAAGCACAACCUCUCUCAAACGCGCUGUCUCCGAGCCCUUGUGCCAGGAAGCAUCUGGAGAAAUCCGGGUGGGGUUUAAAAAAAAAAAAAAAACAACAAAACAAAAAACAAAACAACAACAACAACAAAAAAAACUUGCUGAGAUCAGCCACCGUUCUGUGCCAUCUGUUUGGUAACAAGUGGCACGUCCUGAGUUAUAUUACCCUGCGAGUGACCUCCUGUUAUGUGCCCAGCGCUCAAACAUGAACCACAUUCUCCAAGUUUCUGCCUGUCCGAGGGUUUUAAUUAGAUUGAUGUUUCUCUCCCUUUUUUUUUUUUUCCUCCCAAAAGGCUCUUCGCUGGAAGAUGUGUUUUGAGUGUAAACGUAACAGGACCUGGAACAGAACCUCGGAUAAUUAGAUGUAAUGGGCACCCUCGUUAGUGGAGGGGGGGAGCUGCUGGUUUCCGUCAAUUAGUGCGGAAGAACAUGAUGUGCAGCGUUUGACACAUUGAUGAAUGCAAAGUGCUGUUUGUGUUUAUUGCUCCUAGGUGCUCUGCAACCAAACCAGGAGUCUGUAACCAGCUCCACAGAACAGGUCUUCUGGUUUCCUUGCUCUUUGGAGGUGCUUUUUAGUGGUGCUAGAGCUAAGGUCCCUGUGUGCUCGCCAUAGCCACAAAUCCGUGGGCAGGUUGGUUUUAAUAC